AGGACGCGUCCGUACACGUGAUGAACAUCCCAUAACAGGGUAGCCGUGCCGCCCACACCAACGAACUCUGAAGAGCAGUCAGAUAUCCAGGCCUGCUGCCGCUGUACCCUACGCUGAGCUUGCUAGAUAGUGCUCCCCGGCCCCUACGCAUCGAUAUAUCAUCAGACGAUGUCGAAGAGAGAAGCAAGCCAGAUUGCAGCCGCAGGCGUUGACAUCGACGCACCGCGCGCCAAGCGGCGCAAGGAAGCCACCGCAACUGCAAACAGUUCAGCGUCGAAAGAGCAAACUGCUGCCACAGAUUCCGCUGAGACUGUCAAGAAGGAGACAGGGGGGCCGGCGCCUGCUAGAGAGGAUCGCGGGACCAUCAAGGAGAAAGGACUGCAGUUGUGGCAGACAGUGAAGGACGCGGUGAACAAAGAAGGCAGGGCGCUCUCGCACGACUUCAUGCGCUUGCCUUCGAAAAGACAGUAUCCAGACUAUUAUCAACAGAUCAAGCGUCCAAUAGCUCUCGACGAGAUCAAAGCGCAGCUCGACGCAGGAGCAUAUGCCUCAUUUGAAGAUGUCAAGCAGGAUUUUGAUACAUGUUUCCGCAACGCAAAGAGGUAUAACAUGAGGGAGAGUCAGAUCUGGAAAGAUGCCAAGCAUCUUCAUAAACUCGUCUCAAGAGAGUACGUCAAGAUGACUGGCAUCAGCGACGAUGCCGCCGCCGAUGGCGCAGACGAAGGCGACGAGCAUGUUGGUGGGCAUGCGCAAGCUGGGGUAUCAGACGAUGAAGGAGGAGGCAAGAAGAAGAAAGCUCCGAACAUGACUCGUCUACUCAAGUCGCGGUUACAGAAAUUGGUCGAGAAAACAGAUGAUUCUGAACGUCUUCUGUCGACAGAGUUCAUGGAGCUUCCGAACAAAAAGCAGUGGCCUAUAUAUUACAAAACUAUCAAGCGUCCUCAGUGCCUGGAGAAUAUCUUCAAACGUCUGAAGCGGAAAGAGUAUCAUUCGUCACAAGAUUUUGCGAAUGACGUGGAGCUCGUCUUCUCGAAUGCUUUGGAAUUCAACCAGGACAACACUCCUAUCUCAAAUGAUGCCGUUAUGUUACGGGAGUACUUCCGACAAUUGAUGUCCGACCUACCAGCUCCAUAUUCCAUCCCUAUAUACUCAUCAGAGCAUCACACCAAGAUCAAAUUGAAAGUACCUGUCCCUUCAGGCCACCAAUCUGCUCAAUCCACAGCAGCUACGGUUUCCUUUCAUCCACUCAACCCAUCGCCUUCCCUCGGUACUCUUCGAAUACCUCCGCAACAUAGCCAACCUACGAACGGCUCAGCGACUCAGUCCUCACCAGAUAAUAUCAAGUCUGCUGCCACGUUUCAAACUCCUACAGCAACGCCUAUACCGGUCACAACUUACCAUACACAAACGUCAGCGCCAGCGCCGUUGCUCAAGAUAGCUCCUGCUCCCGUCCCCAUACAACCGAAGCCGGUUGCACCAACGUUAACGCCAGUCACAGGGACUCUGCAACCUGCCACUUUCCCCCAGCAGCCCUAUCAGAGUAAAUACUACCCGAAUGCUGUCUAUCAAACGCCGAUCGUUCCUCCAACCGUGGCCCCAGCUCCACUCACAUCGACAUCGACGGUUGUUGCAGGCAGUAAUGCUGCUGCCACUGCCGCUGUUAUGCCAGUGCCAAUUCCGUCUACAUCGCAGCUGCCUGCCACUACCGACACGACAAGACAUCGACAGCUGCAGUCCGUCAUGCUAACUACCAAACCGCUUGGCCGCAGGUUGGAGCUCGAUCACACAGACGGCGUGAAAGUGUAUGCAAUCCGCCUUAUGGGAGAGACAGGUGUGCGCGUGUCAAACGUGAAGUUCCUGCCGGCUUUGGAGGAAGACGAGGAGAGCAGCGAGGACGAGAAGCGUGCAGAGGAAGAGGAGGAAGAGGAGGAAGAGGAACAGCCGAAGAAGCGGUCGCGAGGGCGGCCGCGGAAGAAGCCCAAGCCAGAACCUGUCAAGCUGCCAGAGCCUGCGAAGAUGAAGAGCAAGGGCAAAGCGCCUAUGAAGGCGCCGCGUCCCCACGGGGAAGUACAGCUCAGGCUGAAUGGCGCUGUCGUCAAGGGCCUUAACGAUGCUAAUGAUGAGUGGGAAGUCGAGCUGCCCAUCGGGCCCAGUGUACUCGAACUGGGGGAAAAAGGUGGCGUGCCGUGGAGAGUAUAUUUGGACAGGAUACUUCCUCUGUGACCUCAGUUGUGUUACGAUUUGGUGCUUUGUUUGUUUUUUCUUUGUUGGAUGCCUUAUGCGGUGGUAGAUAGAUAGUGAUGCGAAUAAGAUUAAUGCGAAUCCGGCGAGUCCCAUUAAGUACACUAUCUGUAAGUCCUGUGUGAAUAGUCAUGGUAAAUGCGAGAGUGUCCCAAUGUGU